GGGCUGAGGGGUUGGUUGGGUCAGUGUGUGUCAGGUGGUGCUCCUUGCCUGACGUACUAAGAGUGCUCCAGGUGUCCGGUAACUGUACCAGGGUCACACCACAGCUACAGUGACAGAGGGCUGACCGCGUCUUCACCUCCGUCAUGUUGGCUGGUAAGAGAGAUGGUGGUGGUGGUGGGGCUCCAGGGUCUUGCUGCCUCCUGCUGCUGCUGCUGGUGACAGGGCCACUAUAUACCUCGGCCUUCCGCAGGUUGAGAGAUGAACUCCCCACUCUGUUACCUCUUAAUACGUUGGAGGGACAAGAUAACCAAGAGCACUUUAUGACGACACUUACCAGCACGCAGCAGCACACGACAGGGCCCAAGACUCCUGUACCGACGACACCAAUCGAGGUGAGCCAAGAGAUGUCCGCGGAGGAACCAGGCCCAGACACUCCUCUCCCGCGCUCCGUCAGGCCUCUCCACUACCUCGUCAGAUUACAGCCCUUCCUCAACGGCAACUUCAGCGUCCAUGGUUUUGUGGAAGUGGAGGUGGAGGCUCUAGAGUCCACCACCAACAUCACCCUCCACCUGGCUGAUCUCCGGGUCAUCGUUAACUCUGUCAAGCUGGUGGCGGUGGGGGAAGUGGAGGACGGACACUCAGCCCCCACCAUUACCCACUUCACAGGUCAUAGCGGCGUCCACACCUUCACUGCUCACCUGACGAAGCCACUGAACCCUGGCAGAAGGUAUCGCUAUUCCAUGAACUUCUAUUCUAAUCUCAAGAACACGGACAAAGGCUUCUAUAGUGUCAAGUACAAGGACGAAGAUGGUGGUGAGAGGAGUCUGGCGAUCACUAAGUUCCCGCCCUCGUACGCCAGACGAGCCUUCCCCUGCUUCGACGAACCUCAUCUGAAGGCGACCUUUGACAUCCAGCUUGCCAGAGAGAACAACAUGACUAGCGUCUCCCUCAUGCCCCUGGUGGACACUUCUCCCUUGGAGGGUCAGGAGGGGUGGGUGGUGGACAGCUUCCUGACGACUCCUCACAUACCCACUCACUCCCUCGCCUUCGCCGUCUCCUCCCUCGCCCCCGCCCGGAACACCUCAUUAAGUGGCCUACCAAUCACAGUGUGGGCGAGGCAAGGCGUUCUCCAGCACACUACCUUCCUGCAAGAGUUCACCCCGCGUUUCCUCACCUUCUUCGAGCAGUAUUUCAACGUGUCUUACCCACUCACCAAGCUGGAUGUGGUCAUCGUCCCCGGGAAUGAAACUCAGGCGAUCUCCAGUCCAGGGCUAAUUGUCAUCUACCAGGAGGCAGCGGGGAUGUACGACGCGUCAUCCUCAACGUCGUCCCACAAACAGCAUGUGGCGGAGGUGCUGGCCCACGAGGUAUCUCACCAAUGGCUGGGCAACCUGGUCACGCCGAAGACAUGGUCACACAUAUGGCUCUAUGAGGGCCUCGCCUCCUACCUGGACAACGUGGCUGUCUCCAGUGUGGAGUCAUCAUGGAGUCUAAAUAACGAUCAGGUCAAGGACCUCCAAAAAGCUCUACAUAAGGACAGUCUCUCCUCCUCCUUCCCGCUCUACAUGCCCGCCUUAAACUCUGAGGACAUAGUGGACUUCCUCCUCAAUCUCGUCUUCCAGAAAGGUUCCUCUGUUGUCCGGAUGUUGCGUCACUGCCUCUCAGAAAAGACCUUCAGAACAGGCCUCACAAACUUCAUCCAGAGACAUAAGUACGAUACCGCAGAGCAGGACGACCUAUGGCGGCACCUGACGACGGCGGCCCACCAGGACGACACGCUGCCUCAAGACCUCACUGUUAAGACCAUCAUGGACACCUGGACGCUGCAGAUGGGCUACCCCGUCAUCAAGGUGGAGAGGAGCCCAGACGGUACCUCGGCCACUGUCUCUCAGGAGAGCUUCCGAUUAUCUCAAAGUGAAGCUUCUAACAAGUGGUGGGUGCCGCUGACGUACACAGUGGGCGACGACCCCAAUUUCAACGAGACCCGGGCCAAGGUGUGGAUGAAGGACUCUGAGACACACAUCACCAUCCCGUCCCUGCCCACCAAGGACCAGUGGGUCAUCUUCAACCUGCAGGAGACGGGUUACUACAGAGUCAACUACGACCAAGACAACUGGAACCUGUUGAUCCAGCAGCUCCUCACCGACCACCGAGUCAUCAACACCAUCAACAGAGCUCAGAUCAUCGACGAUGCCAUGAACCUCGCUGGAGCAGGGAAGUUGUCUUACGAGACGGCGCUGAAUGUGACAAAGUAUCUGACGAAGGAGAAAGACGCGAAGGUGUGGGACGUAGUGCUAACCAGCCUCGACCACCUCAACACUAUGCUGGCCAACACUGCUGCUUAUGGCGGCUUCAAGAAGUACUGGUUGUCUGUGAUAACGCCGGUGUACGAGAAGCUCAGUGCAGCGGGUAAGGUUCCCAACAGCCCGUGGUGCUACGAGGUGGUGAAGUGGGCCUGUUACUUCGGCCACCCACGCUGUGUUCAGGACUCCCAGACACUUUACAGGCAGUUUAUGGAAAAACCCAACGCCACCAGCCUGGCUCCUGAAGGUAUGCUGGAGGUUGUGUACUGCACAGCUAUAGCCCACGGAGGGGAGGAGGAGUGGCAGUUCGGGUGGACACAGUACCUCACUAGUGACGACGACCACCAAAAGGACCAACUCCUGAAGGGCCUCGCCUGCACCAAGGAAUCCUGGAUGAAAAACAGGUACUUGGAUAUGGCCUUCACCCCCGGCGUGAACAUCAGGAACCAUGACACUUUCCAGGUGUUUAGUUCGGUGGCAGCACAGGUGGAGGGGCCGCCCUUGGCCUGGGAGUUCAUUCUGCAGAACUGGGAGAACGUUACUGCCAUGUUCGGCACGGAAGACUCCUUAGUCGACGUCAUCGUGAGAACUGCCAGUAAACCUUUCAACACCCAGUACCAGCUGGCCGAGCUGGAGGUGUUCCUGGAGGAGCAUCAGGACCAGCCGAGUGUAGUGGAAGCGUCCAGGAAGGCCAUUCAGCAGACUGCCAACAACGUGGUCUGGAUGGACACCAACUACCACGUCAUCUCCCAGUGGCUGCAUGAACGAGGCUUCUCAACCAGGCUGCAGACACUCUAAGGUUGAAGCCAUCACCUUUUGCCGUUUGAGCCAACAAGUGCUGCAACAGACGUGCAACCUUAACAUAUCAAGGAUUAUGACACAUAGUGUAUACUCUUCAAGAUACAUCGCUAUUAAAAAAAACUCACUGACUUAGGUAAUUAGGAUAAAAUAGUCUAAAAACACGACUAAAAUAAAGUCUAGCAGAAUUAUACAAAUAGAAAAAUAUGAAAUACCUGUUUGACUGAAACGUCUUGCCUACACUCUUCCUAAGUACACUAAGUACAAUGACAACCUACUGCCUACUAAGUACUCUUAUUUAACACUCUUAAUAUGUUGCUUUAACUCAAGAAUUCUAUGACAAUCCUUUGAGUACAAUAACAAUACAAUAAGUACAAAUUUGUACCCUCGUGAAUUUCCGCGAAACAUCUCACACAUACACUACUGAUGAUCAAAGAAAAUGACCAUUGCUGGGCCUCUUGCAGGGGUGCCUAAGGUAAACUUGCUUUCAGCGGGAGUAGUUGGAACUUUCUAAAAUACUCUUUGUUUAUAGACGUUAAGAUAUGUUGAAGUUAGUUAUAAGACUAUUCUGUAUUAUCCAUCAAUUAUUAUAAUAAGACUGCUAGUGUUAUAUUCUGCAGUCAGAAUUAUAUUUAUUCAGCCAGUAUUAUGCAAAAUACAGGAUUUUUAAA